AUGACUUACGGAAGCACGACUAUUGUAUUGAAAUACGAAUACCUACGGUAUGGCUUCCACUAGCAUAUCACAUACCCGUGCACUAUUUCAGGAGAACACGUUUUUCGGCGUUGUGAUUGAAUCUGAUGUUAUGAUUUGGGGAUUCUAUUUUCAUUUGAGAGAAAUAGGAAAUUUUACUUGCCUCAUUCUAUUAUGGAUAAACCCUGUACCCAAGCACAUCGAAUGUGCCCUCGAAAUAUACAGGAGGAUCGAACUUCCCAACCUCUUCCUGCGGAUCGGUAGUGUGCGAGACACCCGUCAGGACGAGCCUGACAUUUAUUUCAAGAUGCGAGUUCUUGAGCUCCCCUUCGUGCUUCUCCUCCUUCUUCCUCCGCCUCCCGGCGCUACGUGCUUGCAUCUCAUUGCUCAGGUAACGGCUGAUAGAAUUGGGAAUCGUGGCUGCUGUGGCCAGCGAGGAUUUCGCCGCCUUGUGGGUUUCGCUUUUCAGCAGCUUCGUGCGGAGGUCUUCAUACUUGACCCCGUAGGGAAUCUGGGGUUUGCCGGGCCAGCCUUUCUUCGACCCGUGCUCCCAGAGAAGCAGAUAGCGAAUGACGAGGCGGCUUUUGACGAUCACACAGACGAUUUCGGACAUAUCCAGGCCCGGUAGGUGCAAGAUGCCGGGCAUUCGGGCGGUCCAUGUCGUGGGGGAAGCGGUCGGUAGCUCCCCCCCGAGCCGUGCCGGAGCUGGCGACGACUGAGGUACAUUGGCAGCCUCGUGAUUGUUAACGUGGACUGCAGUAUGAAUAGGAUCCCAUUUGCCUUUAGGGUCAAGCAGCAGCAAUUGGCAGCGGAUGAUGAAGGCCUGGGGUUGAUUUUGGUUGAUCCAAUCCAGCAACGGCCGGUACACGACAGUCCAGGAAAUGUCAUCCGGUUUGGCACUCCCGACCCAUAUUGAGCCGGUCAGGCGGACUGGAUUUGUCAGUGAGUAAUCUGGCGCGGAUUCCAUGGGGCCUUUCGGCACGGGAGCCGUACCUCUUCGUUGUGUAUUCCUGAUACAAAAAGAGGCGGUGUCGGGCUCGGUCUUGAUUGACUCUGACUGUUGAGUUU